AUGGCUCCAGCAACGCAGUACGAGCUCUCGCCGCCGCCGGGCGACGCGAUCUCGGCGCUCGCAUUCGCGCCCAAUGGUUCGACAAAAUUGCUGGCAGCUUCAUGGGACAAGCAGCUGUACGCCUACGACGUCGCAAAACCUGAUUCGAGCCUCAUAAAGACAUACGAGCACCGUGCGCCCGUUUUGGACGUAUGUUUCGGCGACAAUGAGAAUGAAGCCUACACGGCUGGCAUGGACUGCGUGGUAAACAAAGUCAAUUUGGAGACUGCAGAAAUGACGGAGAUGAGCAAACAUGCUGCUCCGGCGCGUUGCGUGGUAUACAGUCCAGCCCAUGGUGUCCUGAUCUCUGCGUCCUGGGAUUGCAGUCUCAAUCUUCACAAUGUUCGCGAACCCUCGAGCACGCCUAUCCGCAUUGCCCUUCCUGGCAAGCCACAUGCUGUAGCUGCCAGUCCAUCCAAGGUGGUGGUGGCCAUGACCGGGCGGAUCAUCAACAUCUACGACCUUCAAACAAUCCAAAACUUGUUCUCCUCUGGGCAAAGCGAGCUCAAACCAUGGCAGCAACGCGAGUCGUCACUCCGAUAUCUGACCCGCGCCGUGGCCUGUAUGCCUUCCGAUGCUGGCUACGCAACCAGCAGCAUCGAGGGUCGUGUGGCGGUGGAGUGGUUCGAAGACACAGCGGAGUCCCAGGCGAGAAAGUAUGCCUUCAAGUGCCACCGACAGCCUGCGCCGGAUGGCGACGGCGAUAUAGUGUACCCUGUCAACGCACUAGAGUUCCACCCAGUCCACGGCACGUUCGCCUCCGGCGGCGGAGAUAGCACAGUCGCAUUGUGGGAUGCGGAGGCAAAGAGGAGGCUGAAGCAGUACCAGAAGUUCCCAGACAGCAUUGCCGCCAUGGUGUUUUCCAAGGACGGCAAGUACCUUGCCAUCGGUGUAUGUCCCGGGUUCGAGACCGGACAGGAGGAUUACAGCGGGGAGGGCAAGACUUCCAUCCUCAUCCGCGAGCUGGGAGACAACGAGGCGAAAGGGAAGGGGGCAAAGUAA